AUGAUAUCAAAUUUAACAUUAAUUAAUCGUGCUGAUGUUAUUUAUUAUGAUACAGAUAAUUAUCAUUUACCAUAUGAAGAUGAUGAUUUAAAUAAUCAAACAUUUUACGAUGAAUAUAUAAUAAAUAAUAACCGAACGCUAAAUUUAACAAAUGCCGAUGUUCUAUCAUUACCUUCAAUAUUUUCUUUUUCAAGUCCAUUUUCAUAUAUAUUUUUAAUUUUAAUUGUUUACUCAGUAUUAACAGUUAUUUUACUUUCACUUAGUUUAUAUAAACAGAGACAAGUUGAAAUAGAAAAUUUUUAUUUUGGAGACACACAAGAAGAUAUUGAAAAGGCUAAACGUUGUUUAGUAUGGAAACAAUCAUUAAUUGGAAAAAUCACAAAAGGUGACAUGGAACCAUUAUUAAUUGAAACAUAUUCAAACUCGAAUGGAAUGCCGUCAGAAUCUAAAACAGUAACAUUUCCAUUGCAAAUCGUAUGA